AUGCGCGCAACCAGCCCUAUUUGCCUCUUGUUCGUUGUGUUGCUAGCCGUCUCAGGUGUGAUACUUUGACUUAUUAUGCCAACCUCACGACUAGGAUAUCUUUCUUUUUAGCAUCCGUGUAAUUUUUUAAUAUUACUAUGCAGGUGCAUAAAAAUUUAGCAGUUUCUUCCUUGUUGUUUAAAACAGUAAGUGCCAGAUACUGAAAAUUACUAGGUGGUUAAAUGUAUUUUCUCAUGAGUCAAGAUAUCAGUCUCAGAAGCGCAUUUUUGGAUGGUUGUAUACUUAGGAAGAUUGCGAUUUUGAUUUAAAUCACACGGAACUCUGUCGUUUAACUGAGCUUGUGUAGAUGUAGAUGAGUUAAGUGCGCCCCCCCCCUUUAUGUUGUGCUCAGUUUCCUUUGAGACAGCUCAACAUUUUGGGAGAAAAGGCCAUAAAGCUUUUCCUUUUGCCUUCUGAAACUAACAUGAUAUGCUCUUUUAUUUUUCAUGAAAGUGCAAGGAAUCUGGAAGGGUGAGUUUUUCCGGCUUACUUGCCCAGAAUACUAGCAAACUGACCUGAAGUUCUAUAAAAUAUUAAUGUUUGUUUGACUUUCUGCCAGGGAUAAUUAUUUUUUCAUGCAAAUAUUUGCAAUUUUCCCAUAAUUAUUUACAAUAACUGGCAACAUAUUCGCCACAAAAUGCUUCUGUUAGCCACACAUAUUCUUUAUUUGUUAGCCAAGAGGAGGAAUUGUGUUGCACAAUUUCUCUGCCUGUCCCGUUAUGACGAUAAAUCGAGCCUGCUCACCAUGACACUUUUAGCCUUAUAAGCGUUUCUUCGUUGGCAGGUUUUGGACUAGGCCUGAGUAAGUUUGAACGCCAAGUUUCCGCAACACUAGUCGCCGAUUUACCUUUUUGAAAGUUUAUUUUCCGUCGGCGCAUUUUGCUCCAAGAAUUCUGACUGUACACUUUAACCCCCUUUGACAACACUAUAAUUAUGCGUCUGUUCUGUCGGCUUCUGUCGAAAAGUGAAAAAUGCGUCUUAUAUUAAGCAAAGUGUCCAUCUGUUAAGCACAACGCUAUAGAAACUACCUGAUUGUGACUUAAGUGUAGGGUAUGAUUCAUGCCGUGGUGAUAUAAAAAAGACCGGCAGUCUCACCUAGAAGGAUGCAGAAUCAAACGGUGAUAGAUAACCGUCAAAGUAAAUGAUAUGAUGUCGGAAAACGACAAUAACGUGCUAAGAAAUCGCUCUGUUCACCCCUAAAAAUAAUGCUAUUGAAGUCUAUGUGCAGGUGAUUCGGUAGAUAGGAGAAUUACCGAAUCCCCUGCACAUAGACUUCAACAGCAUAGACUUCAACUGACGGUUGAAAACUGCGCAGUCAGUUUGGUAACCUCCAGUUUUCGCGAGCUGGAGGCGUACUCUAAAGAGGCACACAAACGACUCUUCAAUUUUCCACGACAGUCGUGAGAAUUGGUAUCUACGGCGGCGUCGAGGGCUGUCAAUACUGGGCGCUGCCUAUGGUCCCAUGUGUUAUGUCGUUAAUCGGAUGGAAGGUCGCUAGAAUGGAUUUUUAGUGAAAACGAAAGUUUAAGUGUCUAGUUGCAGUCUGCUCGGCUUUCUAUCCAAGGGAGCUUAAUGUAUCUGGCUACGUAACAACCUCUGGACACCUAGAGUGAUAUCGACCCCUUCAGUCCGCAUUGAUUCAAUGACAGUUUUGAACAAAAGGACUUAGGAGUUACAAAUCUAUGAGAAAUUUGCUCAAAUAAAAACGAAAGUGGACACAUGUGAACUUGUUCUUAUAUCCUACUACAUGCCUCUGCCAGUGUAAAAUAUUGGGAAAAGCGAAUGAAAGUAGUUCUUACUGUGGGUUUUCUCAAUUAUAUUUCAGUUUCCAUGCUCAAGAGCCAAUUUGGAGGUAAAUUCAUUCUCCCACACUGCAAAGUUGUUUUCAUAAAGCGUUUAAAAUCAAUAAUUGUAUUAUAGUACAAACGAAUUUCUACAGUUCCUGGCUAAAUAAAUGCGCUUUUCUUUAGAUGAUGUCGAUAACACUUUUUCAGGCGAAGGUAAGCUAUAAUUAGCUUGACGAAGUUCAGUUACGAUUCUCGGUGUUAACGCACCUUGAUUACAAACUCUGUUAAGACUCGCUUGCUAUCACAAACUGAGGAAUUGUGCAAAAUGAUUAAAAAGAGGCAUUCGUAUGGAAAUGCAUGAAUUCAUUGAUAACAAAAUGCUAUAACAUGUGAUGGCUGGCUUAUUUCUCCAUUAACAAAUUGUUUUUUUUCUUUUAGACUUCGAGAAUUUCAGUAAGAAGUCUAGAUAUGCUGUGUAAAGUUGCAUAUAUUGGAAGGCAUAUUUUGAGUUGUCGAAAUCUUUGCGUUUAGUUUUUUGAACAAUUUACUAGGCAACUUUUCUGUCAUUUUAAGUCUUUUAUAAAACCGAGUGCAUGAGGUCGAGCGGGUCAAUGAAAACUGCUUAAAUUUAAUUCGUAUCUUUAAUCUCGUCUAGAAAGCGCAAAUUUACUUUCUUUUACAGUGUCCGCAAUACAUGACGCUUAUAAAGGUAACUUGAUUCCUUAAAAUAACAUUUAAAAUAUAGGCUUCGAAAAAGUCGUAUUUACUGAUGUGCACUCCUUGCAAUGUAGCUCUCGAGGGGGAUCCACGUAAGAGUCCUAACAUUUCUAGACCAUGCACUUCAUGCAUUUUAAUUUUAUUUAGAAACACAAAUCAACUCCCCUAAAAGUUUUCGUGAAAUUACGAAAAAUGUAUUAGUUCGGCCUUGACUAGUCUUCUUACCGCCUUUAUUACUCAUAAAAAUGGGAUUUCUUCCUUUCACUCGAAAAUAAUCUUUUAUACUUACUUACAUUAUUGAUGUUUUUAUUCCCAACAGAACUCUUACUUAGUGCGGGUAUGUGCUCCUGGUUUAAAUAUUCCUACAUAGAAAGUUCGGCCUAUGUAGACGUCCUAAAGGCAAAAGUAGAGAUAAUUAAUGCUUAAAAUUGCACAUUCGAGCGAUUGAUUUCAGAAAAAUCCUGGCCCUGUACAUAUGCUUGACGAUAUUUCAAAUAUCUUAAGCCGUCGCGUUUGAAAACGCAAGUCUAAUCGCUUUUCCCAAAACAAAAUCUGAUUCUUCGUCAGCAUAAAUUAAGAACAAUGGUCCGUCUGAUCGUAUUUUACGUGCAUUUAUCAUCUUAAAAUAUCUUGAGCGGCGCCAGCUGUUUAACUUUUGAUAUUCGAGGCUCUAACCAAUAUGAUACUAACAGGCGAAAUUCUCUUUUGACGAAAAUAAAGUAGGGUUGGUCAGUGAAUAUAAAUACUAGUGAAUUAUUCCUGGUGAGUAACUUUCAUUUAAGCCUAGUAAGCAAGGAUAGCAGUCUAAAGUCUAUGCUGCUGACUAGCAAAAUAUGUGCAGCCUUUACUUUGUGGUUAGUUGUAUGGAGUUUUGGGCUGCAGAUAUCAAACUUUAGUCGGGACAUGUGCGCUGCCAACUGUGUUUUGUUGAGAACGGGCAUUUGUCCUAUUAGUGCGUGUUUUCACCUUCCUUGAGUGAGGAAGCGAGUGACACAUGCUUGAAAUCGUCUUGAGUUAAGUCGUUCCUCAACUGCACUUUGAGCGUCUUUUAUCCACUGACAUCCUAAUGUUGACAUUACAAGAUGCUUCACCAAGAUGAGCAAAGCAAUUCAAUUCGUAGAUAAGGUCGUCCCUCACUUGUGGGGGACAGUUUCCUUUAUUCUGCGGAGCCUCUGGGUAAUUUUCUUAAGGGUCCGGCAUCUCGCCCCGGCACUCGCCUUGAUUAAAAAUUUCCGCACUGUUGCAUCUACGCUCGAUAAAUAAUGGAUUGACGAAGACGCUCGUCAUUCUACCUUUUGAAUACUUCUACACUUGUUGGCAUCGCGACGUCUUCGAACGAUCCGCACCUCGACGACCCUGCGCAAGAAGAAGAAUCUUCGCGCAUUUAACCGUGACUCAUCCAACUGUAGUUUAAAGGAGUGUUCGCGUAGGUUGGUUGUGCUGGAAAUCUUAAGGAAAUGCUCAAAAGCAAAGCAACAGUCCAGGCCUCGAACGAAGCGCAACGCCAGUAUAAGGUGCCACUAAAUUCGCCCAUAGUAAAAUAGCCGGAUUUGACGUAGGCAUUCGUCGCUCUGCCUUUUGCAGAGAUUUAUGGGUAGUUUUGCUCAGAUUAUAGCGAUAGGAAUUUGUAGAUACGAAGGCGGUUUUUGAAAGGAAUACUUCUAAGCUCGGAAAGUGUCAGAUUUCCGUGCAAAAAAUUGCCUUUUUUACCUAGUAUUCCGUCGUGUCAGUUAGUUUGCGGGAAAAAACACAUUCAAAUAGCAUUUUAAAUAAACCUUAUCCCUGUUGUUCCAGCUUGCCUAACCAUUAGCGUAGAUACAGAGUCCAACGGAAGUUGUACAUGUAUUUUAACGUCGAAACUGACUGUGCCGAAGCUCAAAAGUUCAAGCAAGCGCAGGUGCCUAUAAACUACCUCGAGUCAAGCCUUUAUAUGCGUUAGGUUUGACUUAAUUGUCGUAGGCGUGCUAACUGUCGACUUUUGUCUUUCCAAAGUCACCUAUACCUUGCAUUUUGUAGCGAUGACGUUUUCCGAAGUCUUGGAUGGUAAGAUGAGACUUUACUUUGAGUACCAUUUUUGUUCAUUAUAGUACCGAAUGUAAUGAAAUAAAAAUGAGGCUAAAUUUCAAAUUACUGAUUAGAAGCAUAAAGAUUUCAUUAAUUGGUGAAGAGAUCGCAAUAUUAUGACCUGGUUUACCAUUAACUAUGUAAAUUUUACAUUCCUACAGUCCGUUGUUACAAAGAUCGCUUCUGACCACUAGAACUACUUUAAUUACUUAAUCGGCCAGGGAUAAAGAUGUUUGUAGUCUGCGCCUAUGUGACUGCCCGUUGAAAUCCUAGUAGAACUAUCGUGAGACUGGAAUAUUUACCUACCUAGUAAAUUAUAUUAGGGAUAGAGACUAUUCGUACACCCAGAAGGUAUGCCCACGGAGGCUCGGGAUGCAGGACACGAACGCAAAUUCGGGACCGACGGCUCGACUCCCCCCAGGAGCACCGGUGUUCUGGCCUUGUUAUCUUAAAAUCCUUAUAGUUCUUUGCCAGUAAAGGGUUAAUUAUAGUUGGUACUCUCCAGUAUUCGGAUACCACCCGCCGUGCGGCCUUUGUCAAACCUCCUUAGGCGUCAGCUGAGUAUUAGCAGCAUCUAUAACGUGAUGUUGCCGUCCCGCCACACACCCAUCUCAUCGGCAGUUCCCAUCUUCAUCGGCAGUGAUCGUACCUACUGCAAUGAUUGCUUGCUCGCCCGCACCCGAUACCUUAAUUAUUGCAAGUUUUAUCACAAAUGGCGACCGCUGACGUGAUAUUUGCCCUUUCGCUUUGGCUCAUCGGAAACGGCACUUGUUCGCGCGCUCCCACGUGGUCAACUACCCUGCCUAGACACCCUCGGCGCUGAGGAGGAAGGGAAGCCACUGCGCUUCUUAACAGACUGCGCGCCGGGAAACAUUGCCCAAGCGGCUCGCUAUUGACGCGGUUGUCACCUCUCGCGGUAACUUUGGUCUCCUCGAGCCUGAAGAUGCGGCCCGGUCCCGUUGAAUGAAUCGCAGCUUGAGAGCUGGAGUCGUUCGCCCUCAUUUUUGCCACAUGUUUGGCCAUCCGCACCAGGGCAGUUGCUUCACCCGAAAAUGCGCCAGGUCUGGUAGACGACUUCAGACGUUCCUUGUUAUGAGGGCAUGUCUUUCAGCCUCAUAAUUGCCGCCCGACAGUCGUUUCCGACCUACAUGCAGCCCCAAUUCCAAGGGGUGUGGGAAGGCAGUUGGCGGAUAUCGAAGUGUUCUUGGCGUAUAAUAGCGCCCGCCAAUAUUUGGGUUUGACUCAUCUCGUUUGCACAUGUGCCGGUUAACGAAGUUGUGCGAAUGAUCAUUCGCCUUCAACACUCAUCGAAGAUAUCGUGAUUCAUCACUAUUGUUUUUGGUUCACUGAAGUCCCCCUUAACACGCCGAUACAGCGUCCUUAUGCAACUGUGUUUGUCAAUGAUCAGUUGGUAACUGUUGAAGCCCAGUACUUAUGUCGUAGCAGCCAUUUUUUGGAACACUGUAGUUUCUAGAUUACAACACUCUUCGCGGCAGACUAUGACAUCGAGAAAGGCCAGCUGAUUGUUUUCUUCCUCCUAAAUUGUAUGUCCGGGAAGUCAUCGUUGAGAGGUUUUUUAAUACCAGCACCUGGUCUGUUUGAUUACGACGAAAUGGUCGUGCGCAUACUCAACUCAGGUUUCUGGUCUGCAGUGUCAAAAUACUAACCAUCCAAAUCGAUGUCGAACGGACUCGGUCAUGAGGUCUGAAGUCGAUGAGCUUGUUGGCGUACAUUUUACCUGUUCGUAGACUGUUUCGUCGAACGUUAAGUACGUCUUGAGACAGAAAUUCAGGAGUUGGAGGAUCUGAGUCUGCUCAAGGCGAUUUUCCGUCUCAUCAUAUUAGCUUUGCCGGUUUGGCAGGGGACUUAUCCCUUUGAUUUUUUCCAAGAAGUAUGUUAAUAAACUGACUACUGUGUCAUAAUCAGCGCUUAGAAAUCUGGGAUCACGAAACAGCCUCAAGGCCAGUCCCUAAAGUGAAUAAACUUCAAGGGAUACGAUGAGACGGAUAGAAACGCCCUCUCGGCAUACUUCGGGAGUUGGUAAUUAAGAUAGGUACACUGUGGCAUAGCAACUUUGUUCCACUACUACUGCAUCCCUUUUUUAUUAGUUCUGAUGUCUCUGAUGAUCGGCUCAUGCAAGAAUCCUAAUUGUCCCAGCAAUCACAUCCCCUGCUUCUCAGACUGUCGGCAUUUUUUGUUAGUCUUUUAACCCACAACUCCCACAAUCUACUUGAAUUUUCUAUUUUAGGGAAAAAGGAUAUGCGUAAGUUCGCGAGCCUGAUCGCAUUUUGUAUUUCUACAGCAGUUCCGGCUGUAAUCUGCAAGGAGGCAAACAACCGAAUUCGAGAUGACUUCUUGUUUUCUGAUAGAAACGUUGAUGGUAUUGUACGCAAAGACAUUCGUCUUCCUCCCGUGACCGGCAGAAAAAAACUACACAAACUUUGUUUUUUGGCACUGUAAAAGAUCCAGCAAAAACUUCCCGGUGUCAUGCCUCUGGCACGCCAACUUGAAAGAUUCAAUAUUAAAACACUAUUCAACAGUAGGCGAGAUUGACUUGUGCGGACGUCUAAACAGAACAUAGACAUAAGAACGUCCAGCCCAAAUUAUAAAGGUGGACCUGAGCGCAAUUCUGGAAAGGGCAACAUAUUCCCGCGUCCUAAUCCCAACGACAACUUUAGCAUAAAACUAAACCGUUGCCCUAGUUUUGACCCUAAUCCCACCCUUAACCUUGACUCUGAAGUUAACAUUAACCCUUACUUAAACUUUAUCUCGGCUUACCUUGCCGUUAGCUAUACAUCUAGCCUUAAACCCAAUAAUUAACUUAGCCCUGACCUUUGCCUUUAACUUGACCCUGAUUUCGGUAGAAGUUAGCUCAAAGCCACCCGUGUUGCAGGUGUUUCCUAUUCUUUUGCCCUGUUUAGGCGUCCACAUCAGUCAGUCUUGCCCAACAAUAACUCACACACAUGCAGAAUCCGGUGUUGGUGCCCGCUUGCGCAACUGAGACUUUUCGUAUCUGUGAAAGAGAAACGUAAAUACCAGUCUCAAAAUUUGGCAACUGUUCAGGCACCAAUUGUAUUUUCAAUUUUUAGAAUCUACCCUUGUGAAAUUCUUGAGAGGUAAGUUUGUCAAGAUUAAACUGCUGUCUGGUUUUUGAAAGUAAUUCCCGAAUAGAAUGUGAUACUUUUCAACUCUGAUCCCUGAUUAGCAUGGGAAAGUCGAUAAUUAAUUACUGUCCUUUGCUUAGUCUUUGAUUUAAUUUUUGGUUUACAGGAAGAGAUGGACAAAAACGUAAGCUGUUUCCCGAGAAUACACAAUUACUGUUUCUUCAAAUUAUUACUGUACAUUCUGCACCUCUGUCCCAUUAAACGAAUCUGGGUUAACAGGAAGCACAAAUGUCACCUACACACGCGAAUCAGGAGAAAGCUUGUUUUCAGCCAUAUCAUUCUUUGCUUUUAAGGACAGCCUAGAUCAAAAACUAAGCUCUCUUUCUUUAGGACGGUAUAACGCAUAUUUGCAAGCCUUCAUUCUUUCGGAGCGAUUAUCUCCUGUGAGCUUUCUAGAAUUGGGGAAAGUUUCACCUGUUCAUAAUAAACAAGGUCAGGUUUGCAAACACAUCGAAACUCACCGAAAUCUUCACGCUUCAAAAUCUCUUGCUCUGCUACUAAUAGUCCUUUUGUACAAAUGUAAACACGGUGAACUAACCUCGUGUAUAAUAGUUAAAGUAUGCUUUUAUUACAGUAUGAGUACCAGUUUAUGAUUGUGUCAUGUGAAUGUGACUAAAGGCAGAAGCUAGAAUGGAACUAAUUAAGUCUAGAUAACUAAGGAACCAGUGCGAAGCUACUUUCGUGACCCGAUGGCCUGCCCAUUUCUGACCCACUCUUCCCCUAGCGCAGCCUCAGAGUACUGCACAAAAGAGGGUGUUCUUUCGCACGAAAGGACAUUAAACAGCAUCCCCGAGUCAACGAUACGGUUAGCGCCCAGUGGGCUUUUGUGGCCGAAUCUACGGCGCCUCGUCUCUUGUCCAGUAGUACUGCUGGCAAGUAUCCGACUGAACAAACUGCCAACUGCGUCUGUGUGUACCCGAUGUCUGUGCACCUGCAAGCGAUUGCCGGCCCAUCAACAGGAUCAGAAAUGUCGAACGCGCAUUUAAGAUUUUAGUCAAUAAGAUCUACAUACUUCAAAUAAUCUGAAGAGUUUUCUGACUGGUGAGGCUCUUGACAGUACUAGUUGUGGACGUUGAACUCAUCUAAACUGAACGAAGCUCAGUUAACUGCUGCCUCUCUUGUGUCAUUACACGUAGUCCGCUGGACGCAGUCAUGUGUAACACUGAUCGUAUUUCAUGAGUAGUGGAGCAAAAGGCUCGAAGAGCCCAGUUCAUGCAUUAAUGCUAGCAACUACAUGUAAAUCUCCAGACAUCCAGCCUUGCAUUCUGUGUUUGGUUGGCUCAUUUUGCAAGCAAAAGAGGUUGGCUUCAUGUAUCAGCUUCUGACUUCUUUCCUCUAAAUUCUUAAACAAGGACGUCCCUUCCAAGCUUGAUACUUUUGACUCUGACUGAGGAAGUCUGCCAAAUUUGAUGCUCUAGUUAAUUUGUUUAUCGAAUGGACCUUUACACUCGAAAAGAAACCUUCCGUAACAAAAUUAAUGUUCAUGCGACCCAAAUCGCUUGAUAAUUUCAUGGACUUUUAUGAAAUAGGGCUUUUGAUUGCAAAUUAGUUAAGUGUGGAGUUCAGUGUGUACGGAGGAAGUAGUAACCCCGUUAUUUCUUAUUUUCGAAUCAAAAGAUUAUCUCGCUUUUUCAAUCUCUCUACUGCCAACUUUUUUGACGUCUUUCGUAGUUCAGAAAAUUUUCAGGAACAUUUUCGGUAAGAAACGAGACAUUAAAAAAUGGCAGUGCAUUAAACGUUUUAGUUAUGCUCCUACUCUUUUUCGCUUUGAUGUUUUAUUUGAACAGCAAAUGACAGUGCUUAGAAUAAGUUGUGCUUUGAGAAAGUAUCGUAAAAUAACAAACAGGUUUUUUAUAAGUUUUUGCGAUUUUCUGGCUGUCAAAUUAUUCCGCAUUUUGUUAACCACAAUAAAAACUUUGGUUCAGAGCGUUCUGGCCAACAAGACUUUGCUGGUACGUUGAACAUACUUUAUUUUUGGUUUUGCGAGUUGUGCGGCCGCAAAAAACUGGGUGAAAGGGGCGUUUAAUCAUUUAUCAUAGAGUUGGUUUUUCCUCAAUUUAGAGAACUAUAAAAACACCCACGACCAAACUGACUCCUGACAAAGCUUUGUACUGGACAUUUACGGUCAAACCAGUUUUUAUUUUAGCAACCAGUGUUAGAUGGCCAGAAACUUUAGUCCUGAAUUAAAGUCUAGAGUAGAAGUCUCCUAAUCAAUGUUUUCAGUAAAAUGUUAAUGUGAUUAAUAUUAUGUGCACUUAUAUUUUGACUACAAAAGCAAACAAACCUGAGAAUAUUACCGAUUCCAAUUUCAGGUCGACUAUUACAAAUCGGACUUAAAGGUGAAUGAUUAAAAAAUACUUUUUCUGCAUUGUGUUUUUAUUUGCUUAGCCUUUCCUUUCAUGCGGCCGCUAUGUUCGUUAUUUUGUGCUAAACUACAUAGUUUUGCUUAAAGAAUAUGUGUCUCUGUUUAGCAUACUCUGGUGAUGAUAGUGAGUUUCGUAUUUCUAUAAAACAUAAUGCUUAAAACACUCCUUUUAUGUUCCUAAUCUUAUGCGUCAAUAUGUUUUAAGGUGACUGGAUGAAAGAUAUCCACGGUAGGUUAUUAAGUACUAUAUUUAUUAUAAUCAUUAACUAUAUAUAAGCAAUCAAAAAAUGACCCAAAAUGAAUCACGCCAGUAAAUCGCUUUCAAAAAACUUGAACACUUCUUUAUCCUCAAAACUUUCCAUUCUAUGCAGAACUCGGCAUUGGAUUAAGUAAGCUGUUCAUUUCUUAACCUCAAUUCCUCUGUUAUUAGGUAGUUACUCACGCCGUUUUGAUUAUGAUUACUUAAAAGGCCCUUCAAAAUGUUUCUUUAUUUUAAAGAGUGUUUAAGCAAAUAGGUGGAAGACAGUUUAAAAGUCCUCAAAAUCUUUAUUAAAAACAAGGUUUCUGUGUAUGUAAAGACUAAAAAUUGCUAACACUGGCCUGUUUUUUAUAACAGAAACUUUUCUGCUGCAAGCUCUUGAUUGUAAGUUCAUUGUUGAUUUUCCAUUGUUUUUUUCCCUGCUUGAUUGAGCGGUGCCUGUGUUCCUUGUUAUUUUCUGAUAGUAUAAAUGUUGUCAAGAAAUCUCAAAUUUUAUAAAUUGUCUAUUGAACAUUUCCAGAUCUGGAAAGAAAGAUAAGUGAGUUUACUCGCCAUAUGAUAUUCCAAGCUUAUUUGAUAUCUGGUCAUGUCUAUCAACAUUUCUAUGGAUCUAUCCAAAAUUUCACUAGAUGACGUUGGCCGCGGUGAAGUGGUGCUGCUUAGACAAAACAUGAUUUACUCCUAAAACCUUCCAUUUUUACUUUUAGGACAAAGCCAACGCAGCUACGAAUUUUAG